GGUGGAUGCCGGGGGAUAAAGGGAGAGAGCCUCAGUUUCCAUCUCCAACUACAGGAAAUCUGUGAGUGGUUUAAAUGCACAUCUCUUCAGCAGGAAAUCUGAGUUCAAGAGUGGAGAGCAAACAGCAGCAUGGCCAGUUGUGUGGAGCAUCCUGCUGCAGGCUACAAGAAGAUCUUUGAGACAGUAGAGGAGCUGAACGAACCCAUUCCUGCAAAGGUCACCGGUGUGAUACCAUCAUGGCUAAACGGCAGUCUCCUCAGGAUGGGUCCAGGUCUUUUCGAGGUCGGGGGUCAACCGCUCCGUCACAUGUUUGACGGACAGGCUAUGAUACACAAGUUUGACCUGAAGAAAGGGCAGGUCACCUACUACAGGAAGUUCAUCAAAUCGGACGCGUAUGUCCGUGCUAUGGCUGAAAACAGAGUGGUCAUCACUGAGUUUGGCACAGCAGCCUACCCUGACCCCUGUAAGAACAUCUUCUCCAGAUUCUUUACUUACUUUAAAGGCAUUGAAGUGACCGACAACUGUGUAGUGAACGUCUAUCCAAUCGGAGAAGACUUCUACGCUGUCACAGAGACCAACUACAUCACCAAGGUCGAUCCCGACUCACUGGAGACAUUAAAGAAGGUGGACCUUUGCAAGUACAUCUCAGUGAACGGGGUGACUGCCCACCCCCACACUGACACAGAUGGUACGGUCUACAACAUUGGCAACUGUUUCGGGAAGAACAUGAGUCUGGCUUACAACAUUGUCAAGAUUCCACCUGCUCAGGAAGAAGACUCAGACCCCAUAGAGAAAUCCCAGGUCGUGGUUCAGCUGCCCAGCAGUGAGAGGUCAAAACCCUCCUACGUCCACAGUUUCGGUAUGACAGAUGACUAUUUUGUGUUCGUGGAGCAGCCGGUGAAGAUCAACCUGUUAAAGUUCCUGGCAGCCUGGAGCAUCACCGGAGCCACCUACAUGGACUGCUUCGAGUCCAACGAGAGCAUGGGGACAUGGUUCCACUUGGCUACAAAAGACCCAGCUGCUUAUAUGAGCAGCCACAAGUUCAGAACGUCAGCCUUCAACCUCUUCCACCACAUCAACGCCUACGAGGACGACGGAUUCAUCGUCGUCGACUUGUGCACGUGGAAAGGUCAUGACUUUGUGUUUAAUUACCUGUACAUGGCCAACGUGAAGGAAGAGUGGGAGGAGGUGAAGAAAGCAGCGAUGAGAGCUCCUCAACCUGAGGUCAGGCGCUAUGUACUGCCACUGGAUAUACACAGGGAGGCGCAGGGGAAGAACCUGGUGUCUCUGUCCUACACUACAGCUACUGCUGUCCUGCACAGUGACGGCACCAUCUGGCUGGAACCUGAAGUUCUGUUUUCUGGACCAAGACAGGCCUUUGAGUUUCCACAGAUAAACUACUCUCGAUGUCGUGGGAAGAAGUACUCGUUCGCCUACGGCCUGGGGCUCAACCACUUCAUCCCUGACAGGAUCGUCAAACUGAACGUGCAGACUAAAGAGACCUGGGUGUGGCAGGAGGAGGAGUGUUACCCGUCAGAGCCACUGUUUGUGCCAACGCCUGGAGCUACAGAGGAGGAUGAUGGUGUGCUGCUGAGUAUCGUGGUGAAGCCCGGUGCAGAGCGACCCGGCUCCCUGCUGGUGCUGGAUGCCAUGAAUCUGACGGAGCUGGCCAGAGCAGAGGUCAACGUCUUCAUCCCCUUGACUCUGCACGGCACGUACAGACCGUGACCGCGGCGCUCACCCUCACCUUCACCUGCAUGACCAAGUACAACUCUUAAACAACAACAACCAUGUACUGCUUGCUGCUGAGUUAGCUUAUUGUCAACAGUGUCUGUUGAUUGUAACGUAAGAGUACAGAUUAAUUAUGAGGAGUGACCACUUUUUUUUUUUAUCUUAUAUGCAUGUGUACUAACAUAUUAAAGUGAUACUUCACUUUUAUUGAAGCGUGGUUGUAUGGGUUAUUGACAAAUUAUCAAUAAAAUAUCAACGCUGUGCACGAGGACCAUCCUGGGAUUCAGUCACUCGCUCUCAUUUGGUCCUGCACCAAAAUCCAUAGAAAAAAUCUGUGUUUUUUUUCAUCACUGCACACAGAGGUUGUUCAUCUACUGUUGCCUUUUAUGAGUACAUUUAAAUGUGUCAUCUUGUGACUUUGGCGAUUGAAAAUCUUUGUUGAGAUUUAGCCAAGUGCCACAAACUUUUAUAAACGAGGCAGCAGUAGACCGGCAACAUGUGUUCAUGCAAGCUAAAAAACUGAUUUUCUUCAUGGGCUUUGGUGCAGGAGAGAUUAGAUUUAAACAGGCACAGAUUAUAUUAGAUGAGGCUUUUGUUAAAUGGUUAAAAUCUGUUUCUCCUUCUGGUGCCAGUGUUAAUGUGUCAAGUCCUCAUACAGCCACACUGAAACCUGAACUAUUGCUUUAAACGCCAGACAAGUCACUUUCUCUUUGCUGUUGCCAAACCAUUGACUGCAAAGCUGUGUUUUAUAAUUAAAAUGUCUUACGUUACGAUUGAAUAUACAGUAUAUAUCAAACGUUUUUACAUCAUAUGAUGAUUAUAGUGCAGUAUCUUUUAUAUAUUUGAAAUGACAUUGUUACAUUGUCCCAAUAAACAAAUCAUGAUGUACAGACGGAA